AUGGAUUUUGUGAAGCAAAUUGUUGGUUGGCAUGAUCCCAUCAAAUCAGGAAUUGUCGCGGCUGUUGGGUUGACAGCCCUUUUGAGUCUGUCAUGCAUGUCCCUAAUAUCUUUUAUCGCCUACGCCGGGAUGUCGUUAAUAUGCUGCACCACGGCUUCUAAGCUUUAUAAUGCUAUUACUCUUCCAUUUAAAUCAAAUUCAUCUAAAGAUCCAUUUAAAUAUUGGCUUGAAUUGAAAAUCACUUUGCCAGAAGAAAAGAUUGCCGAGUGUGUCCCAGCUUUGUGUGAAAAGUUGUCCGAAAAUUUGAAUUAUUUACGUCGCGUGAUUUGGUUGCAAGACUACUUUGAGACUGCUAAGUUCGUUGUGUGUUUAUACCUACUUUCGGUAGUAGGUUCUUGGUUUAAUUUGCUCACCGUGAUAACCAUCGGGUUUGUUCUCGGUAUGACUUGUCCUAAAUUAUAUUUAUUAUACAAGCCCCAGUUUGACGCAGCAUUCCAAAUGACUAAGAAGACAGUGAUCAGUAUGCUUGAAUUCGCUGAAGCGAAACUACCGCGGCUUCGUAGGAAGUCUCACCUGUGAUCAAGCCUACCUCAUCAGGAGGAGAUACAUUACAUUCUAUGUACAAUUUGCUUCCUUCCCUGAUCUCCUGUUCCUCUUUCGAAACCGAUGAGCACUCAUCAUAUCAGAUAGACAGUGUUGAUAUUAGAAUGGCCGUUUAUCAACGAAUGUUUCAUGACAAUUCCGCUUCUUCUUCUCCGUCUUCCCUUACUUCUUCUUCUCCUUCGUCUUCUUCUUCUGCUCCUCCUCUUCACAUGUAUUCCCUUUUGAUGAGAGAGAUAUGUAAAAUUGUGUUCAAUAAAGCGAUUGCAAUUGCCAUGGA